CAGGCAGCGGCAAAGGCGGUGGCUCUUCACUACCACUUGUGUCACGACUCAGGUCGGUCCCCCGUCCCUGAGGAGGUGGAGGCCCUCUGCGUCGACUUGUCUCACGAGUUAGGUCGGUCCCGAGGCCAACCAUAAGUGGGUCGGUGGAAGGUGAGGAGGGAAGCGCGGAAGAGACAGAGGAAUCCAUGGAAGACCUGUUCCGGAAGGUGUAUCGUGGCGACCCCGGGGUGCCCCACUCUGAUCCGGACCGCUACCUCCAUUCAUGUUUGGGCUCCUUCGCCUUCGCCGCCGUCUCCUGGUGCACCUCUCGCACCGCCGACCUCUCCCGGCGCUUCAACUGGCAUGACAAGGCCUUGAAAUUUGAGCAUAAUCAUUGGAAGAAAGUCAUGGAGAGGAAGCAUCGGAAUGGUGAUUCACUUACUGCCAGUAUGAGCAAGCCAUGACAGACCUGGCUAAUUAGGUCUCAACUGCUGCUGAUAUCCUGUUCAUAGGCUCCAAUUACUCAUCUGUGCGUAUAUGUUGUUGGCUUAUGGGAACAGUAUUCUGAACGAUGUCGGUCGCUGUGCCGAUAAAGUUGGUCCAUACUCAUCUGUGGAUUAUGUAUGGUUUUGCUGUCACUUCUGUUAAAUUUUGCAAUGGUCAUGGAGUUGUUUCACUUAUGUGUCUGUUUAGUAUCUUUAAUCAAAUGUAAUUCUCAAUGACAUCGUACAUUAACCCCUUGCAAAUAGUGAGCCUCAAUGACAUCUCAUUAAAGAUAAAUUGUUUUGGCCAA